AUGGGGCGGCGUGCGUCGACAGCCGCCGGCGGGGCUGCGCAGGGGCCGCCUGCGGCCGCCGCGGUGCUGCUGGCGGCGAUCGCUGCGGGCUCGGCGGCGCCAGCGCUGGGCGACUCCUGCCGCGGCGCCGCCGCAGAGGGCGCCUGCCUGGCCGCCGAGCCAGACGAGUCAGCCUGGCUGGUGCAAACGGGCUUCCGCCUGUUGCAGGGGCUGCUCGCCCACUGGGCCGGGGCCCACAGCCGCUUCCACCGUGACCUGCGGUCGGCGUGGUCGGGCGCCGUGGCUCGCCGGUGGCGCGGCCCGGGCCCUGCCGCGGAGGCGGGGCCGCUGCCGGUGGCAGCCGCGCAGAGCGGCGUGGCGCACACUCCCGGGGUUCCAGGUGGCAGCGCACGCGACAGCACAACGCGAGCCUGA